UAUCAUUUCUAACUGUUGUGAAUGAUUGGCAUUCAUGUUGUUUUUCAUUGAUGAAGGCAACGCUGAUUAGAUUAUUUACGAAGUUGCUACGUAGAGUUCACUACCGUAUUUUGUCAUGGCCAAAGUAAAUAAACACUGUAGUAGUAUUGUAAAUUCGACUACAAAGAAAGAUGGGAAAACAGUUAUUAUUGCUUUUGACGGAAGUGACUAUGCAAAGUACGCGAUGAAAUUUUAUGCUGAUUGGUGCUACAAGCCAACUGAUCAGAUAAUAGUUGUUUACUGUGUCGAACUGAGUGAUAUUGUAGCUACAGAGAAAACAAUAAGUGGUUUAAAUGAGGCCAGUGCAAAUUUUUCGAUUGAUCGUGAGGUUUUGAAGCAACUAAUUGACCAGGAAAUUGAAAGAAUAAAAACCAGAUUAAUAGAAUUUGCUGUAUACAUGAGGGAAAUAAAGUUAAAUGGUGUAGUUAAAAGCACGCAGGCAAGUUCCCCUGGCGAAGGAAUAUUAAAUAUAGCCAAGGAAUUAAACGCAGACAUGAUUGUAACUGGAUGUAGAGGACAUGGUACAUUUCGCAGAACAUUUCUUGGAAGUGUUAGUGGUUUCAUACUACACCACGCUCACAUACCAGUCAUGACCAUUCCACAUCCACAUCACAAAGAAGGCCACCAUCAUAAACCUUAGUAUUUAACAUAACUUGUUUGUGAACAUUGCACUGUCAACGACCACGAUGCUGCAGCUGGAAACAACAAUUUUGUAUAGUUUAUUUAAUCUAUUUACCAACACUGCGGUGGAUAGUAGUCUCAUUGGCAAUCAUACCACAUAUAAUCAUUUUUAAGAUACAUUGGAAGGCACAAGCUAUGAUAUAAAUACAAAAACCAGAGAUACAGAUGAGUGUGUGUGUGCGUGUGCGUGUAAGUACGUGUUUGAUUGGUUUGAUUAAUAGUCAAUUCCAUGCAUCUUCUUUAUAUAUAUCAGUUGCUUAUUUGUAAUGAAUGUGACUGUUUUUGGAUUAAUGUAUGCAGUUAACAGUAAUUAUCUUGAUGUGAUAUAGACAUUCAAGUAUUCUACCCCUAAAAUCAAUACCUCUUUACCGACGUAUAUCAUACUGAAGUGAAAUAUACUUUCGUGCAAUUUGAGGAUAAUCUUAACAGGGAGUAUUAGUUCAAAUCAUUUGAAAAUUAAAAAAAAAAAGGAAGAGCAGACUGGUGAUAAUAAUCAUACACUACAAUGGAAUACAAUUUGUAUUUGGGCCUCACAAGGAAUAUGGACUCAUAUUCCCUGUUAAUGAUGUGUACCCAAUUGAAGAUAUAAAAAACAUG